UGGAGAGAUUUUUUUUACCCGAGAAGCUGCGCCGCGCGCCAAUCUGAUCAUCUCCAUGCGCUGAAGAUCGUUGGUGCCCGCCAUGCUUCCCGAUGAUUGCUGCCACAUCGUCGCUGAGGAAAUUUCAAGCCCCAUAGCUGCACAUAUACUCGACUUCUACUACGGCGACGGCCUGGGCGAUGACCUCUUUGCCGCGGUGACUGCCACCUCUGGCCCAUUCCCUGCCACUGACGAUGAUGUUUCUUCGUCUACCGCUACCACCCCUCCUAUCUGCGGCUACAGUGAAGACACCGCAGCUGCUGGUGGAGCCACAGCCUACACCCCGUUGACAUCCUUCGACACCACUCUCACAGCCCUCCUGGAGGAAGAGCAGCACCAUGGCCUUGACGCCGGGUUCCUCCCGCAGAUCGAUGGCCUAUCAGAGGUAGCAGCAUACUAUCCAACUGCCACCGAUGAGGCCAGCAUAGGGCAGUUCGACCAGAUGGGACUUCCAGAGACCUUAGACGAGCAGGUGCCUCCUCCAGUGCAGAUGAGCAGCAGUGCAUCUGCCUUGAUGCCGCUCGCUACAGACUAUGAUGAGUGCUUCAUGGCAGCCGUAGCAGCUGGAGGGUUCAUGGGUCUGGAUGGAGCCAUGUAUCAGCAAACUGGAGCAGUUCUUCCAGGCUGCAGUGCAGAUGCAUCACAACAGGAAUUCUUCAGCAGUGCCGGCAGCAACAGUAUGGUGAUGAUUGGCGAGUAUCAGAAGAUGAUGGAAGGUGAAGGGCUGACAACAACAUAUGACGACACAGAUUCCAUGCAAGGGACAUUUAACACUAAUGCAGAGAUGCAGGUAGGAGGAAAUAAUCAGCACCUGAUAAACGGAUGCAACGGGAACCCAGCAACGUUACCUCCGACGGAACUAUCAGUACUGGAAGACUCCACGUUUAAGGUCGUCCGCUUGUCGCCUGAAGAGAGAAAGGAAAAGAUCCAUAGGUACAUAAAGAAACGGAACGAGAGAAAUUUCCGCAAAAAAAUAAAGUACGCAUGUAGAAAAACCUUGGCGGAUAGCAGGCCCCGUGUCCGUGGAAGGUUUGCCAAGAAUGAUGAACUCUGUGAAGCAGCGCAAUCAGGCUCCCAGAGUCAUGAACAUUAUGAACAAACUGACCAUAUGAAAGAAGAGGACAUGCUGGACACAUCUGACAUUCUUGCGCAACUAAAUGGAUUAAAUCCCUACAACUACAAGUAUAAAUCCACCAUUGAAUCAUGGAUAUGAUUCUCAAGUCUCAACCACACAAAAACUAAGACCCAAUGUCUUAUUUGAAGUUGUGCGACGUCGAGCACAGUUUUUUUAUUUCCAUUAAAAUAAACUUACAUCAUUAGAAGCUCAAGAAUUUAGUUCAACUAAUGUAGAUUUAAUGUAUGUGUCAAUCUGCUGUCACUUGUUUACCAUUGUCACAAGUGAAUGUGGUAGUGAGUCUCCAGAAGAGUCAUUUGUGUAUAUAACUAUGUCAUCUAUAGAAAUAAAAGUUCUGAGGAUCUCUUAAGU